AGGAACCACAGUUACUGGUUAUACUGAUAAAACUAGCGUGUAACCAAUGUAAGCUGAUGCUGUAAUGCUGAAUGUUUUGGUUUUGAUUUUGUUGAUGGAUUAAGUUUGUUUACAUUUUUAUCGUAAUUGUUUUGUGAUUUCAACAAUUUAAUAAUGUUAACUUUGCGACAAUUGCGCAGCUUUUGCUCUAAUGCUCCUCUAAUUUUACCAAGAGAGUUUAAACUUCGUCAUUCGGAUAUUUUUAAUGAGCAAAUUACUCCAAUCAAAGAAUCAUGGUUGUACAAUUUUGACACUACUCUUCCUGUGAAACUAGGUUUGGUCCAGCUGCACCCAAGGAUAUUCUCAGCGUUUCCGAAUCCACAAAUGAUUGCUACUAAUGUUUCUUGGCAGCAAAAAUAUAGAACAAUUGACUGGUUAAAGAUGAAAACUAAGGCAGAGUUUCGUACGCUAAAUAAAAAGCCAUGGCCACAAAAAGGAACGGGAAGAGCUCGACAUGGUAGUCGUAGAACUGCUCAGUUUACUACUGGUGGAUGGGUUAAUGGACCUCGUGGACCAAAGACUGGAUUUUUCAUGGUCCCUUUUUAUACUCGAGUUCAUGGAUUAAUUUCAACGUUAUCAGUUAAAUUUGCGCAAAAUGAUAUCAAAAUUGUGGAUACGCUGACAUCAUUUCCCUCCGAUGAUCCCAAAUUUUUGACCGAUAUGAUGAGCACCAGAGGUUGGGGACCUUCUACCCUGAUCGUAGAUACAACAGAUAUUUUUCCUAAAAAUAUUGCCCUCUCUGCUCAUGGAGUCGAGUAUAUCAAUAUAGUUAAAUUUGCGCAAAAUGAUAUCAAAAUUGUGGAUACGCUGACAUCAUUUCCCUCAGAUGAUCCCAAAUUUUUGACCGAUAUGAUGAGCACCAGAGGUUGGGGACCUUCUACCCUGAUCGUAGAUACAACAGAUAUUUUUCCUAAAAAUAUUGCCCUCUCUGCUCAUGGAGUCGAGUAUAUCAAUUGCAUGCCAUUGUAUGGUUUAAAUGUUUUCUCGAUGCUUAAUUGA